AGGAAGUCGACGUGUCUUGCGCUUAGUGGCGGCGCACAAGCGCAGGUGGAAUAAAAUAGCAGGCGACACUGACGGUGCUAUGCACUCCAACGUGGCAGCGUGCUGUCGGCCCGAGACGCGCUGCAGGGACGCAACGCCGCAUAGGGCAGUGGGGACGCCAAGCGGGCGGGACAAGUACGCGGUACUGGCGGUGGAGUGUUUGGUGUACGGAAUCUUCUGUAAUCUCUCUGAUCAGGAGUCAGCGCAUAUUUCCGUGCUCACGCAGCUGACCGGCAUGAGCUGGCAGAGGGAGGACUUCCUGCAUCGGGGAAUGAGCGUGCGAUCGAAGACAACCGUGCUCCCAUUGCACGGCCGACCGAAUGCGCUGAGCAGCUAUACCUCGUUCCGGGCACGCCUUAACCGCAACAACCGCGCGCCCCCGUCGCGUUCUGCUGCUUUAAACGUUGCGGUCCUGGUACAGCGAGCAGCCGCUGAGAGGUUUGCUACGACAGUGUACACGCGUAGCAGGCAAUACAAGCGAAGGAGUAAGCCGCACGAAUGCAACGUCUACAAGGCGAACGUGAGGUCGCUGACGGAGGAAAAGGGCGCAAGCAGCCUGAGUAGGCACCCUGCCGUGUUCGUCUUCUCCUGUGCUUGUUGCAGGAACCAGACGAUAUAUUCGUGCGUCCCCCUGACACAGUGCAUUUUCCAUGGAGCGCGGGAAGCCGAGGCAGCUGGUCACCAAACGUCGUGGCGUCACGCGGCCCAGUCGGACCCCUCGUGUGUAACCCCCCCCCACGUUCCACGGCGUGGCCCCCACGUACCCUUCCGGGCACGCCGCAACCGCAACAACCGCACGCCUUCUGUCGUCUACUGCCGCUUUGAGCGUUGCGGUCCUUGUACAGCGAACGGCCGCUGA